UGGUCACUUGCUUGGUUCAGCGUGUAGUCGUUCAGUUGGUCCUGGUGAAGUGAGCAGAACGGGCCCUGAACAGCGGAAAAGAAGAACAAGUGAGUGAGUCAGAAAGUGAGUGAGGCUGAGUUUGGCCAUCGUCCGGAGUGAUCCAUACCCACUAAUCCUCGUACAGCCUCGUGCCCCGCCCGACCGUUACACCCCUCGUUCCAGGCUAUGACCCAGUGAGUCGGGAAGUGGCCGUGACGUGAGCCGUGGGCCGUGUGCGUGGCCUGAAUUGUGCCCGUCAUAGUUGAGGGCUAGGGGCGGAUCAUGUCGGCCCAUCCGGCCUCGCGUUGGUAUUUCUCGGCCAAGCAACUGGAGGACACGCCCAGUGCGCAGGCGGGUCUGGCCAAAGAGAAGGAAUUGAGUUAUCGCCAACAGGCGGCCAAUUUCAUUCAGGACAUGGGACAACGUCUACAAGUGACGCAAUUAUGUAUCAACACGGCCAUUGUGUACAUGCAGCGGUUCUACAUGUUCCACGCCUUCAACCGCUUCCACCGGAAUACGCUGAGUGCGGCUGCGCUCUUCUUGGCCGCUAAAGUCGAGGAACAGCCCCGAAAACUUGAGCACGUGAUCAAAGUGGCCUACAUUUGUCUCCACCGGGAACCGCUCUCCGUGGAUUCGAAGAAUGAUUUGUACCUUGAACAGACUCAAGAGUUGGUGAGCAACGAGAACAUUCUUCUCCAAACCUUGGGCUUUGACGUGGCUAUUGACCAUCCGCAUACCCAUGUGGUUCGGUGCUGCCAAUUGGUCAAGGCUUCCAAGGAACUGGCCCAGACGUCCUACUUCAUGGCCACCAACAGUCUUCAUUUGACCACCAUGUGCCUUCGAUUUCCGCCUACACUUUUGAGCAAUUGGAGCAGCUCACGGACGAGUUCCUCACCAUCUUCGAUCGUUGUCCGUCGCGUCUGAAAAAGAAAAUCAAGGCGAGUUCGCAAGCAACCCGUGAAGAGGAGGAUCGCAGAGCCCGGGGUGAUAUUGCCGCCAGUUCUUACCAACUGGACUUGAGCAUCAGACCGGCCUCUUCCUCCACAACCACGGGCAACCACGCCCAACAGCAACAACAGCAGCCAUCGCAACCCCCAGGAAUGCACUCGCAGCAGCAUCCGGGUCACGGAAAGCACGGUCAGAAGAGUGGUGGUGGGAGCAGCUUUUCAUCCUCGUCGAGUGGCAAGUCCGGGCAUCAUCACCACCAGCAUCAACAACACGCCAUGGGAGGUCACCCACAGAGACCGCCCAAUGCUGGAAGUGGCCCACCGGGAAGUUCUGCCUCCGGGCAAUCUAGACCUGAUAAGAUGCAUAUGUCGGGUUCGUCAUCGCAACAAAGACCCCCGCCUCAAUCUUCGGAUGCACAUAAACGGCAAACCAUGGAUCCUGCUCAAUACGAAGAAUACAAGCGCCGAAAAAUGGCCGAGCAGCAACAGGCCCAAAUGGCUGCCGCCAAAGGGGGUGUUUCUUCGCAGCCAGGGAUUUCAAUGCCUUCAAGUGGUGGACAAGGUCAGCGUCCUCAUUCCGGUUCCAGUGCAUCCCGUCCCCAUCCGGGUCAGCAACAACAACACCCACCCUCGUCACAGAGGCCGGGCUCACAUGCUGGCAGCAACAUGAUGAAAACUCAUCCGUCUGGUCAGCAUCACCAUCACCACCACCAACAACAGCAUCAACAACUGUCGUCAUCUUCGUCCAAACCCCAGCCACCCUCUAUGAUGCUUCCAUUAGCGGGCGACCCAACAAUGCCGCCAGGUCAAACCGUUCUGCCGUCGUCCCAAGGGUCUACUGGACAUCGCAAGUCAAUGCCGGGUGGAGGGGGACCCCAUGGUCCAAAGUUGCCUUCAGCAAACAUGGCCAACGAGCCCUCCAAGCGGCUCUCACUACCUCACAACCAUCAAAAGUCAAUGGCUCGACCUGCGGGACCUCCAAUGCCCUCUUCUAUGGGGCACAACACGAAACCGCCGCAACCAAACUCACACAGACCUCAAGCCGCCUUUCAGUCGCAUCCUCAGUCAUCGGGAGGACCCCAAAAGCAGCCACAUCCGCAACAACAACAACAACCGCCAUUGCCUCCCACUUCAGUGGCUUCGAGACCUUCCGCUCCACCUCUGCCCAGCUCCUCCGCACCUCCAAAGCGUUCUAUCUUCGAUAUCGACUUGGCUGAAAGUCCCAUUCGCGACCCGGGAUUGAAUACUCUCCUGGAACCGAUCAACUCGCCGGCCAAUUUGUCGGAUGUGAGUGAUCUCGAGCUUCGCGAACACGCUGCCGACGUCAGUCUCGAACCUGGAGAGAUUCUGGACACCCCGGAUGUGAAUGGGUCUCUGGCCCAUCUUGGAUUCACGUUUCCCUCCUUGCCAACCAAGGACAAGGAUCCGAAGGCCUCUCAAAUGGUUGCUCAAAGACCGAAAGCUGAACCGAAGUCGUCUCCCGUGAAGCAAGUGCGAAAUCCGGCCGAAGUGAAAAAGUCCUCUCCCACCAAGUCGCUGUUCAGCAAUUCGCGUGAUCCGGAUCAAAUGACCAAGUCCCUGAUCAAGCAUGAGCCAACAACGUCUAUUUUUGGUCUGGCCAAUAUGAAGAAAGGCUCGCCCUCUCCACAAAAGGCGCCCAAAUCCGACUUGAAGCGACCUUCACAAACCAGCUCCCUGUUCUCGCCCAAUUCUGAUAGUGGCAACUCGGAUGGACCCGCUCUGAAGAUCCCCAAAUUGGAAGAGACACCCGGUUAUGAGAAGCUUCGGGACGGGAGACAAACCAUCCGUGUGGCCAAAGAGGAUCGCUCAGGGCUUCCAGUCCCGCCGCCUAAAGAAAUGAUUGUGAGCAUCCCUUGGAAUCAGCAGGGAAUGGGUGAUGGUUCCGCCACCACAUCCGCCUCCACCAGCUCUCUGUUCCAAGAGGACAAGAAAUCCUCAUCCUCACCCUCGGGAGAACGAGAGCAUAAGGAGAAGAAAAAGAAGAAGAAGGAAAAGAAAGAAAAGAAGGACAAAAAGGACAAGGAUCGGAGUGAGCGCAAGCACAAGAAACACAAGGACAAGGAUCGUGAGCGCUCGUCCAAGGAGCAGCCCUCUUCGGCCACCUCCAGUCCCAUGGUCUCUGGCAGUAGUGGAACCGGGAUCAAACUCAAGAUCAAAGUCGGUCGUGAAAGCAAUUGGGAUAAUGCCCCACCACCCCCAGGACCCGCAGGAGAGACCAUCGCACCUCUGAAGAUCAAUCUCAUGGGCGACAGUGGCAAGAAACGACCUCGUCUUGCUUCGGAUUCGGACUCCCAACAGGGUCCGGCCACGAAAAUGAGCCGCGCUUUGGGCACGAAUGUCAUGCUGGAGGACUCCUAUUUCACAGACAUCAAGCGUUCCAAGCAUUAAAAGUAAACUUCGAUGGUUUUUCAGAUGGAUGAUCGUCAUCUUGUCACACUUGAGCUCAUUACUAUGUUGUAGGAUUCAAAUCAUCUUUCCGAGUGUUAUGGUGUGUCUUCUCUAAACCCUACUACUAUUAUUAUUAUUAUUAUU